UUUUUGGUACGAUAAAAACUGAGCUGAAGGCGUAACAUACAGCAAAGCUAUAAAGACUUGUUAUUGGAAAUCUUAAGAAAUAAGGAAUUGGUAGACUUAUAAAAAAACACAAUACAAACUUGAUCAAUUUGAAUCAGGAGAUUAAUCCGCCGGUCACAGCGCUCGAGAAAACAACAUGGAGAACAUCAAAGUGACUUCUUUUAUGACAGGAUUCAGCAGUUUUUUCAUUAUUGGAGUUUUCUUCAUUAGCCAGGCACAGUCAAACUAUUACAAACUUGGUGGCGUUGGGAGAAGAGUAAAUGGAACUGCGGCAGAGGACUUUUUUGAUAUUGUUAAUACUACGGAGUGUAUCCUCAGAUGUGUGGACAACAUUGAGUGUUUGUCGUUGAAUUACAAUUCCGUUACACUGGAGUGUCUUAUUUACACGGUGGAUGGGUUAGAAAAAUAUGACGAUCCUGACUGGACGUAUGUUUACGCAAAAAGAGGUGCUGGGGUUUUUCAUGUGGAAGGUUCCGGGGGUCGAUACAGCAUAGCUGAUCCAACCGUCGCUGAAUCCGUGUGUACCAAUAACUACAACGCCGUGUCGCUUGCUACCCCCGAACAGUUGGCUGCAAUGGUUGCAAAUGGGUUCUUCAUGUGUAAAUGUGGUUGGGUAACAGAUAGAUCAUCGGUUAUUCCGUUGAAUUACACAACAUCCGGUUGUGGAGGUCUUAGCGCGCCACCUGGUGUCCUAACGUGUGUUAACCCGGGUGGAGCGCUACCAGGUUACGCCCCAAAUGGACAGGAUGCUUAUUGUUAUACAGAUUUUUAAGUGUUAUUAAAAGGACGAAAGAGCUACAUCAACAAUUAUUAGAUCACAGUGAAGAUCUGAGAGAAAGUCAUUAGAUGGAAAACUCGCAUCACUAUUAAGUAGUAAAGUAAUGACUAAAUGUGAAAUUGGAGGAUAAACUGCUUAAAAAUUAACGUUAAACUUCAAUUGAUAUGGGCAUCAACAUGUUGUCAUUGCAAGACUUUUAGUCAUAGUUUGGUCUUUAAAAUGGUUGUAAAUAAGUCUAAAUAAGGUCAAUUUUUGAAUCACUAAACUAAAGAUUAAAAUUUAGGUCCGUUUGGAACACCUUAAAGACAAAAAAUUAUAUACCUAUAACUUAAGCAUCAUGAUAUACCAUGACAUCUCAUUUCUUCUCAGCCCUGAGAUGUUUCAGGUGAAACAGAAAGAUGCUAUGAGUAUCAGAAUGUAACUUAAGUGGUA